UGAUAAUGUAUCGUUGCUGUCGUCACCCAUGACGGGAAUGCCUGGUGACGUUUGACCUGACGCGUGUUUGAUGUCGAAAUGGUUGGUCCGGAGGAGUGAAAUGCCCGCCCUGCAGUGAUUGUGAUUGCUUCGUGUUGCAAGAUCCGUUGUGGAGCUGAGGCCACCAUACUUUAGCAUCCUCACAGCUCUCGUGCACGUUGAUGGGCAUCAGGGGCAAGAUUCUGAUAUUUUACGCUACUCAUGAGGCUCUAGACGUUAUGACAUCUCAAAAGUCAGACAUCCCUUCCUCAAAUGUUCCGGGACGUCCUGGUAAGGCUGGAAUGUGGGUUAGGGUUCCUGAAGGCCGCGACAAGGCCGCGUUUAUCGCAACCUCUCAUUGCAUUCCCGCAAAUAAAAACUGCAUCACCACGCAACUACCUAUGAAUCAAUCCAUAUCGUUUUGAGUAAAUGCUCAGAUGGGCAUCAAACGUGUCCCUUACCUGCCUUUCUCGGUGUCAUUUUUUGUAGGUCUCGGACGGAAACAGGGGCGGCGGGCAUAUUGACCGCCGUGCCGCUCGCCUCACCUUGCACCUCGGUGCCUUGUUUUUGCUGCGCGUCAUUAAGCUUGUUUCGACUUCUUAUCAAUCAAGAUCUCUUGACAUCCUUGGCUUCAUUUUUACUCGGCUGAUUCAGUUUCUACUCACUUCUCGCUUUCUACUUUCGUCAGUAAUUCCAAUCGCCGGCUGCCACCAAAAUGGCACCCCACGACGAUGAUGACAGAGCGAGCAUCGCAACAACAGAGGAAACCCCCCUCCUAGCCGGCUCACCAAGACCGUCAUCACCUCGCCCCAACCAACAUGACCAUGAUAGCCAACACGGCCAACCAGCUCUUACUGCUACCACUUCCAAGAACGACCAACUUCGAAACAGUAUCCGGCCCCGCGUUCUGAUUCUUGUGUUUGUCACACUCUUUUUGAUUGAGUUGGGUGUUGGCAUCACAGUCGCCCCUAACAGCGCCAUCAUGGAAUCUAUCAUUUGCCGGCAGCACUACCCCAGGCUGCCGCUUUCCCCGGACCAUCCAAUACGGCAGUUUGCAGGAGGGGUGGCGCUGAUAGAUGACCCUAUUUGCAAGUCACCGGAUGUGCAGUCCGAGCUGGCCAUGUUGAGAGGGUGGGCGCAGACGUUUGAGUGUAUUCCUGGUCUUAUCGGGGCGGUGCCAUAUGGGAUAUUGUCGGACAGAUGGGGCCGGAGGCCCGUGCUGGCGUUGAGUUUGCUUGGCUGUUUGCUGUCGGUGGCGUUUAUGUAUUUGGUUUUUUACUUCUCGGAUGUGGUGCCGCUGUGGUGGUUCUGGUGGUCGUCGGCGUUUGAGCUUAUUGGCGGUGGCGGCACCGUUCUGGUGGCUAUGCUUUAUACUUUUGUGGCAGACGUUGUCCCCGUUGACGGGCGCGCAACAGUUUUCCUGCAGCUAAACGCCCUGUUUUUGGGCUCGCAGAUGCUCGCUGGUCCGUUGGGGGGUGCCAUGAUGGUGAAUGACCCGUGGGUUCCACUAUGGGCAUCCUUAAUCAUUAUAGGGGGUGCGAACUUGCUCGUUCUCUUUUUGCCGGAGACGCUACACCUUCACGACAAGAAGAACGUGGCAACCGCUUCAGAAGACGACAUGGACGACGAGAGGUCAGGGUUGCAAAAGCUCUUAUACAAGACAAAGACUGGGUUGGAAGAAGUCUGGGAGUUCAUUCUUGGAAACAAGAGCGUAGGUUUGUUGAUCUUGUCUAUGACUUUUGUUAUUCUUGGUCGGUUCGUGGGCGAGAUCUUGCUACAGUACGCCACAGAGAGGUAUCACUGGAGUUGGAGCAGAGCGUCAUAUCAGCUCGUGAUACGGAAUGCCUUCAGCAUGUUCACGCUGCUGGUUCUGAUGCCUUUUGCCAGCUGGUUUUGCCUUCAGCACCUGGGAAUGUCGGCAGUGGAGAAGGACAUCUGGUUGGGCCGAUGGUCUGGUGUCACGGCGGUGGCGGGCUGUCUGAUCAUUGCUGGAGCGACCAACGGGGUGCUUUUCUCUGUGGGACUGAUCUGGUUUGCGCUUGGCUCAGGGAUCACGUCCGUGAUUCGGUCUCUCCUCAACAGCUUGGUGGAGGAGCACCAUGUUGGUACCGUCAACACUUUGGUAGGCUUCAUGGAGAACGUCGGGAUGAUGGCAGCUGGCCCUCUUCUGGCUAAGAGCCUCAGCCUUGGACUCGAAUUGGGAGGCCUUUGGGUCGGUCUCCCACUCAUCACGGCUGGAAUGUUCAUCGCGACUUCUACGGCAAUUCUGUGGAUCUUUCGGUUACCGAGACGGCCAUCGGUGGUGGAUCUGAGAGCUUAG